GAAGAAGAAGAAGAAGAUAUAAAAACCGGAUUUGCCGCAAAUCGCCGCGUUUCGACGAUUCGAGAAGUAGAUUUUUUUUUAUAAUAAUUCGUGUGUACAAUAAUCCUAUUUUUAUCGCCGUUUUCGUGUUGUUGCGUGCGUUUUAUUAUCGUCAUCGGUCAUCAGAAGAAGAAGAAGAAGACGCGGUUCCAAAAAGAUCUGAAAAUUUCAAUCAGCCAUGGAUUCUUCUUCUCAUUACAAUCCUACCUACGAUCCAUGGAAUUCUUCUUACUCUCCUCAUCCUCCUUCUGCUCCUCUCCUUCCGCCGCCGCCGCCGUUACCUCCUCCUCCUCAAUCUCAUCCCGAUAGCCCUAAUUUUUAUGCUCUAUCAACCCAGAGCAAUGGUCAGCGUCAGGAUUACCACCACCAACAAUACUCUCAUCAUCGCCAAGAUCUUCCUCCUAAUCCGGCGCCUUCUUCUUCUUAUUACUCUCACCAUCCGCCGCCGCCGCUUCAGCAGCAAAAUCAGCCACCACCGUUACAGCAGCACCAACAGCAACAGCAGCAUCCUCAAUACAUUCCUCAGCAAGUUAGCUAUGAGCCUCAAAGGAUAUCGCAGCCGUUGUCAUCCAGUAUCCAGUGUACGGAAUCGCGAGAUAUUGCUCAGACUGAUUGGGCUCGGUUCAAUGAAAAAAAAAGGCAUGAUUCAUGGACAGUGGAUGCUUCUCAAAGUCGAAUCCGAGUGGAUGAUGGUCCAAUAGGCCGUAACUAUCAGUAUGACUAUAGCCGCUCGUCCAGGGAUUCUUCGGGUGUUGGCAGUAAUCGUGCUUUAGAUGGUAGUUCUAGGUCUAAAGAUGAGUUUCGUAAUCUUGGAUAUGUUAGAAAAGAAUCUGGAGCCACAAGGAUAGAGGGUAAUUAUCAAGACCGUGGUCAGUUGAAAUCAGAAUCCGGUAGAUAUUUUAGGGGUUUAGAUGAGGGAAAUAGGGUUUUACCUCCAAGUGUUGGUUAUGGCAGUGAAGGACAUGGUGUUAGUGUUACAUUCAGUCGCAAUAUGACUAGGUCAUCCGCAAGCCAUGAGGGGACUAGAAACCAGAGAUGGGAUGAAGCGCGUAAUGGAGGGAGGACUCUGCAUCCCCGGAGAAAGGAUGAUUAUUAUCAUUCUGAGAUAGAACACUAUAUUGACCGUGGAAGAAGAGAGGAGAGCAAUGAGUUGAAUCGAACACCCAGGAAACAAACCCAGAAGAAGAGUGCUCUGCUAAGGCUUGAAACUCCAAGAUCCUAUCAAAACAGCAGAGAGAAUGAUCGGUCUCGGCAACAUAAUCAUCAUAACGGGAAAAGGUUUAACUCUAACUCGUAUAGGGGUAAGGAACACUUGGGUCAUUCUGAUCGUGGACUGGUGGAGAAGCAAAGAGGUAGAACUCCAGUGGAUCUUGAUGUUUCAUUUAAAUCGAACGUUCUGGUAGCUAAGCCCGUAGCAUCACCUGCUAAUGCAGGUAUCCGUUCCGGCACGUCUGUGACACCUAGGUCUAGUAAAGCUAAAAGAGCAUUGCUUUCUGAAAAAAAUGAAAAGGCUUCAUUAACUGAAGGAGAUGGAAUGUUGAGAACCCAUUUGUCAUUUGAGGCAUCGGUUUCUGAGGGCUAUAGACAGUCUAGUAGGCAAACUACUGCAUCUGAAAUUGAAAAAGAGCCUGACAAUCCCUCAAUUCAAGCUUCCAGUGAUUCCGGAGGUAAGCUAAACCAAGUCAGGUUUGUUGAUGGUGUCGUUCAGGACAGCAAAGUCAGAAUUUCUGAUACAGAUCCUGAAGCUUCAACUCAUGGUAGUGAAGCAAAAAUUCGUAGUAAUGUACAUGCUGCAGAAAAGGCCGCUAGUUAUUUUGAGACUUUAAAAGUAGAGGCCAAGGAUGAUAUUAAUGGGAAACAUGAUAGCAAUAUAGAAGCUUGCUCCGCUGUGGCAGAUGUUAUUGAUAACCAAAGUAUAAUGAAGUCCCAUGAAGAUGUGUUGGACAGAACGAGCACAGGUGAAGCUCUCAUCUCGAAGGUCAUGGAGAAGGAUGAAAUCAUGAAGACAAAGACAAAAAUCAAUAUGUCUCCUGUUAAAGUACCUGUAUCAUGGCCAACAGCCGUUGAUCUUUCUGGGUGUUCUGAAGGAGAUAUUCAUUUUGCUGGUAAGCCCAUGUGCAGUGUUGGGUCUCAACAUUGUGAAGACGAGGACAUGGACUGUAUACCAUCAAGGAAUUUACCAAUGAUGGAGGUAAAUACUGGGUAUGAAGUAAGAAAACCUAUUAGUUCAUCUGAUGGAUCUUUGGGUUAUCAAGAGAAGGAUUUUCAGAACUCAUCUGUAAAUGCAUCCACCUAUUUUAAUAGAGACGAUCCUGUUGGUCAGGUGUUAGCAAAGUCAGAUGUUGGUGGUAUCGAAGUUGACAACAAGAUGAUCAAUAAAAAUGUAGAUUUCUUGUCUCCUGAAAAUGACUCCUCUAGGGGUCUCCACAUGGGUCUGGUUUCCCCUGCCACUCUGGAUAAUGCUAAUGUUUCAAUUGAUCUUGCUAAUGCCAAUAAAAGUUCUUCAGGGGGCCUCGCUAAUGCUAACAGUUGUACUGUUGGGACGCUUAUCAAUACUGUGGUCGAGUCACCUGAUAUGAGUGUAGAUUCGGAGAUGGAAAGUAAAAGUCCUCGUCGCUGCGAAAAGUCAGCUAAUUUAUCAGUUGAGAUUGAGAAUGUUAGCAGAAAAAAAAACAUGGAAACUACGCCUCUUAAUAUUGCUGCAGAAAUGGUUGACUAUAUGGACAGUGAUGAAGGUAAACAGAUGUGUGUAAACGACUCUUCAUCUCUGACAAAGUUUACAGUAAAGGGAUCAUCAAAUGUGUUGCCUGUGGAGAAGACUGAUGGCUGUUCGCAUAGUGAUGAAUCAGAUGUAGCUAUGGCAGUACCAUCUGAGGUGUGUAUGGAAAAUGUAAGUACUGAGAGACUUGUCCGCGUUGAAGAUCUGGUUUCGAAAACUCAUCAUCCUCCAGAAAUUCCUUCUGUAGAUCAGUUUAAUGGUACAGAUAGUCGAGAUUUGAAAGAUUGUUUAUCGGAGCCAAAUGUUUCUCUUAGCAAAGAUCUUACUGAUUGUGCGAGUGAGAGUCUUGUUGAGCGCGGCGUUAGCCAGAGUGCUGCAACAUUUUGUGAUAAAUUACCUAGCUUGUCUGCUUUCAUAACUGAAACAAAUCCUGCAGUUGGAAUGAAUGGUAUGUCUGGUAAUGAAACAGUUGCGGAUACUGAAUCUAGUGUCCAAGAAAUUCAACCAUGUACAACAGUAUGCAAGUUGUUUCCUGAAGAUCGUUUGGAAUGUGGAUCAUCUGGUGCAAUUGGUUCUGUCCGGAAUCUCUCUGCGGAUAAAAAUCUGGAAAAGGAUCCUUCAAAGGUCAGUUCUUGCUUAGUAUCCGAUAGUUCUGUUAGUCCUUGUGAUAUUUCUCCCUUGGUGGUAGUGAAUGAACAUAUACAAAACAAAACAUCUAUUCAAGCUAAUUACAGUGAUUCUCAAGGUGCCAUCAUGCAUAAGGAAAAUGAUUGUGCUGAAAGCAUUGAGGUAGAAGAGAAAGCGAAGCCUUCUGGUGGAACUGGUGGAACUUCUAAGUACAGCACUCCGGGAACUAAUAUUAUUGCUGGUAGUGGGGACUCAAUGCAUUCAUGUGAUUCUUUGUCCAGCUCAUCAAGGCGGAACUUCCGGCAGAUACGGAGUGAAGUUCAUGUGGUAAAUGCAAAUAGCAAAGAUAAAGAGAAACCCAAGCCUUCUGGUGGUACUUCUAAGUACAAAACCUCAGGAACUGAUAUUGUUGCUGUUAGGAGGGAUUCAGUGUUUCCAUGUGAUUCUCUACCCAGCUCGCCAAGGCAGUGCAGAAAGAUACGGAGUGAAAUUCAUGUUGCUUCCAUGGUUGAUGAAACUUCUAAGCACAGAACUCCAGGAACUGAUAUUAUCGCUGGUAGUGGAGAUUCAGUGUUUCCAAGUAAUGAAACUAGCAAAGGUAAAGAGAGUCAAAAAGGAGAUAGCCUUUUAGAUCGUUUACAAGAGCAAAUCAUGACCUCUCAUGAGGUAACCCAGCCAGGUAGUUCUUUGGCGCAUUUUGAUUUAGUUGUGAAGCCAAAUGGUGAUCCAAUAGAGAAGCUGUUUGAUAUAACUUCUAAUGUUGGCUCUCAAGAAAAUGACUCACUGAACAGUGCUCAGACUGGUAUAUGUGAUGGUGAAGCGUUAUUAUCUGAUGGAAAAGUUUCUGGAACUGAAAUUCCUGGUGAUUCAGGUGUACGUGUGUCCAGAUCAUACUCACAUGCGGAUGUGAAAUUUGCAUUGACCCAUGUUAAAGAUCAUGUAGUCUCUGUGCCACAUCGGGAUUUCCAAAGUAUGACAUCUAUGAGUUCUAAGUAUGAAAUAGAAAAGAGGAAAAAGAAAUCCAACUACCCUACUCAAAAAAGUUGUCGCAGUUCACUGCCUGUUGUGUCUGAAGCUAAGAAAAAUGCUAACCCUCCGAUUCAUAUCACGAAGCGUCACACUUGGCAUCGAAAGUCCGAUACUUCUCCUUCUUCUUUUGUAGCUGCCAAGCCUUUGUCGUCGACUUUGCCUACAAAACAGAUUUUUCCCAAAGUGACUGCCCAAUCUAGUAGUAGUUAUGUACGUAAAGGGAAUAGUCUUCUUCGAAAACCCCCACAUGGUUCUCCUGGUGUUGCCCUUGGAAUGCCUUCAUCUGCUAUCCAGUUUAAUAAUUUCACUGUCGAAGACAAAAGCACGGGAUCUUCCAGUAUGGUUGAUGUUGAUAACAUUUCUUCUCUUGUUAACAAUGGAAAAAUACUUACUCUUGAGAAGCAGUCAAAGCCUCCCUCAGACAGCAGCACUUCCAAAGUAUCAAAUGCCAUUGAUACUUCAUCAGGAAAAUGUGCAUUAUCUUGCAGCAUGGAUCACCUUACCACCGGUUUACCUGAGUCUAUCAUGGAUUCUGUUACAUCCGGAGAAGCUAAUGUUCCACACUCUGGUGGGGAUAUAUUCAAGACAUCUGACACACUAAUUCAGACAGGUUACGCUUCAGAUUGCCAGCAGAAGAGAAAUCCGCCUAACUUGGAUUCUCUAAAUUUGAAACAAAUGGUAUAUGUCAAGAGAAAGGCAAAUCAGUUGGUUGCGGCUUCAGAUAUUCAUGGUGUAAGUAUUAACCAGAUUUCUCCCUCUGAUGGGUACUUUAAGCGAAGUAAAAAUCAGCUAGUAAGAAAUUCAGAGAGCUUUGUCAAUCAGUCACUUUCCUUGCCUGAUGAUGCUUUAGAUACACGAUCAGCUGCAAACAUGGUUUCGGAAAGAUCUUCUAGCUCAGCAUUCUCUGACUCUGCUGGCAUGGGACCAUAUAAGCAAUCAAAGUUUUCUCUGGUUUGGACACAAAAUGAUCAGCAGCCAAGAAAGCCCAUAGCUCACAUGCGAUAUCAGAAGAUUUUGCCACAACUUGUUCCUUGGAAAAGAGUGACAUACUGGAGAAGAUUAAUGAAUUCAGUGUCGGCUUACCGAAAUGGUUCUUUUUCCAACAUUAGCCAAAAGUUAUCAAUGAUGAGGAAGAGACAUACAGUUUACACAAGAUCAACUAAUGGGUAUUCACUUAGAAAAUCCAAGGUAUUAAGUAUUGGUGGGUCGCAUUUAAAAUGGUCCAAGUCCAUCGAGAGAGUCUCGAGAAAAGCUAAUGAGGAAGCCACCUUGGCUGUGGCUGCAUUCUCAAAGAAAGAAAGCGAGAAGAAUUCUGAUACUAGGACAACGAGCAGAAACCAUCUGGCACGAGAGCGCGUUUUCAGGUUUGGUUCCCUUCGUUAUAAAAUGGACUCUUCAAGACGAACCCUUCUGAGAAUAUCGGAUGUUGAUUUACCGUGCGCUGGAACUUCUGAAAAAGGAAAGGGUGUGAAAAGACCGUUUAUUCCAAAGAGAUUGGUGAUCGGCAAUGAAGAAUAUGUUCGGUUCGGAAAUGGUAACCAGCUUGUCAGAGAUCCAAAGAAACGAAUUCGUGUGCUGGCAAAUGAGAAAGUCAGAUGGAGCCUGCACAAUGUCAGGUUGCGGUUGGCUAAAAAGAAGAAGUACUGCCAGUUUUUCACAAGAUUUGGGAAAUGCAACAAAGAUGACGGAAAAUGUCCCUAUGUUCAUGACUCCUCAAAAAUUGCAGUUUGCACCAAAUUUUUGAAUGGAUUGUGUGCCAAUGCAAAUUGCAAAUUGACCCACAAGGUCAUUCCAGAAAGGAUGCCUGAUUGCUCUUAUUUUCUGCAAGGCCUAUGCAACAAUGAGGCAUGUCCAUAUAGACAUGUGCAUGUCAACCCGACCGCCGCUAUAUGUGAUGGGUUUUUAAAGGGAUACUGUUCAGAUGGAGACGAGUGCCGGAAGAAGCAUUCCUACAUCUGCCCGGUUUUUGAAGCUACUGGAUCAUGCUCUAAAGGAUCGAAAUGCAAGCUCCACCACCCCAAGUUACAAAGCAAAGAAAGAAAGAGGAAAAGACCAAGCGAACCAUCACAAAAAAAUGCCCGUGGACGUUACUUUGGUUCACUUCACAAUGUCCUUUCCGAGUCUGAGCCAAUGGUAUUCGAUAGAUGUUCUACUGAUAGUGAAGUUUUCGGAAUGGAAGGCCUCGAUUUUAUAGCUCUUGGCAAUACUGAAUAUGAAGCUUGUGAUAACAGUGAUCCAGCCACCGAGCAAUCUAUCUCUCGUGAUAGUGAUUCACCGAUUUCAAUAUACAAUCUAAUCAGACCAGUAGCUCUGAUGCAGUAAAAAGCAUCAGUUUGUCAGUUUGUUUUGUUGAGUACAAUGAUCAUUAAUGAUCGUGAGACUGGAGGAUCAAGGGGAUUCAGAUUCAUCACAUUUUAAGGAUGAGAAAUCUACUAGAGCUCGAAGGUCGCAGUUUCACUAUGACAAAGCUCAGUCAUGAGGAAGUGGUGGCGGAAGAGGCCGUGGUGGAGGUGGCUAUGGAGGCGGAGGUAGUGGCGGCAGCGCGAAGAAGGAUACAGAAGCGGUGCUGGCAGAAGCUACAGUGGAGGCAGACACGAGAGCGGAGUGAAAGUGGCUGCAGAUGCAAACGAGGAUACAGCGGUGCUGGUUACUUAAGCAAAGGUGGUGACAGAAGUGAGGACGGAGGGACAUGGUGGUGGGCCUGGCGGCAGACGUAAAGGAGGAUACGGCUGCGGUGGUGGAGGAUGGUUGUUCCUUAUUAGUUUUUCGUGAUUUGAAUGUUUUAGUUGUUUUCGUCUGGUUCUGUGUUGUCUUUGGUUUCUGCUUUUGCUGUUUUUAAUGUAACAGGUUUGUAACAGGUAAUGUUAAGUCACUUUUUGUUCUCUAUAAAACCAUCUUGUUCCCUAGA